AUGCAAAACCAGCAAUCAUCACGCUCAUACGAUGACGAAGAAUAUCUGUAUGGUCAUUCAGAUGCUCAGCAUCAUCAUCGCUUCCAAAAUUCAUAUUCAAGCUCCGAUGAUUCAUCAUCACUAUUAUUUCAAUCCAUUCAAAUUUCAAUUCCAAUUCUUCCAUUCAUGACCAUAUUAUGUUUGAUUUUCCUUCUCAUUCUCUUACGAAUGAUUAAAUUUUCGCAAUGGGCCAUUAAUUGGCAAAUUAUUGCAAAAAGUUUCCGACAUCAAGUAGUCUUGCUCAGUUUGUUUGUGGAAAUUCCUCUCUUAAUUUUCUAUUUAUUUGCAUUGAUCAAGCACGGAAAGAAAGAUUGGCUUCUUGCUGUGGUUCUAUUGUUGAAUGGAAUGUUUUCUGGACUCUUGAGUUUUUUGCAAGAGAAGACUUUGGGAUUUCUCGUGUCAUUAAUGGGAUGCUUUAUAACUAGUCUCGUGAUUGAUGAAGCACAUGUGAGAACCAUAUUGCUGUGCUUGUGCUUUGUUUUGGUUGUGAUGAAAAUUCGAAAAAUUAUGAUUUCAAAUAAGAAAAUGGAGAGUGAACAGUGGAUUGAAAAGAAUUUGAGAUUUAAAAAUGUCAGAUUUGAAAACGAGUCAUAUUCCUCUUCUCAUGAUUCUCGUGACAAUGGAAACAGUCUUCGAAAUAGAUUUGAAAAAUAUUAUUACAGAGGCAGUCCAUCACAGAUUGGGGGCUCUCGAUAUGCAUCAAGUCAUCUCUCUGACACAUUGAAAACAACAGACGAAUAUGCACCUUUGAAUACUCUGUAUGACAACGACGAAGAUGACAAUGUCAAUGAGAUGAGGACUCUAGAAAAUGCAUCAUCAGAAAGAGUUAAUGGCUCCUCCAUCAUGAAUUUCUUUCGCAAUUUUCUUCCAAACAGAACAGGAGCCAAUCCAUCCAAACAACAACAACAACCUGACAUUCUCGAACGAAAAGCAGUCAAGCUUCAACGACCUACGACUGCCUAUGAGAGAUAUCUUAAUUCUCGAAAUCAGCCAAUUAAGGCUCCAAGAGAAAACUCUUCCAAUGAACGAUCAUCAUCGACCUCCUCCUCCCUCUAUUCUCCCACCACAACAACAACUUCAACCACUUUGGGCAGUACAACUUCUGCUUUUCUUCCCUCCAGAACUGCGACCUUACAGAGUAGUAGACCAAGCAGCUGGUCCAUGAGCUCAUACUCCAGACCUACCUCGACUACUACUUCCGCGACGAAUAAUAAUAACAAUACGACGAUAGGAACGACCACAACAUCAGUAACCACUUCAAGCCGUGAUUAUACUUCCGUAAAUUCGAUGAUGUCGACACAAGCAGCUCAACAAACUUACCUCCUCGGUCAUCAACCACUGCGCUCCUCACCUUCUUCGCAAGCUCCAUCCAUUCAAAGAUUUUCUUUCAACAACCGUCAAGAUCAUCAUCGCCAGGAGGAGGACGAAGAAGAAGAAUUCAUUCCAUCCUCAUCCACCCUCGAUACCGCGGAGGAGGAUGAGGACACAUCCCACAACUUCUGA